UCAGGGGGGUUGUGGUGGAUCUCCUACCUCCCGUCCGCUCCUCUCACACGCUGCUGGUAACAAAGGAGACAACAACAGGGAGAUGAUGGGUCCUCAGACAACAAGCCUGUCAGACAAACAAUAAGAAACACAACUGGUUUGUGGAGGUUUAUUCCUCACUGUUUAUUCUCCUGUUAGUUAAGUUCACAGGACAGUAACGGAGCUGCGCCCCCGGAGCGGGUUUAACACCAAAGCCUGUUUUCUCUCUCCGAAGCUAACCAUGUUGGACUGCCGACAGUAAAGCCGAAUGACAGAAGAGAAAGAGCAGGACAUGUCUGAGUGAAAUGGUGAUGAUGACAUGCUCAAAUUAACCUUUGCCCUGAAAGCCUGACCUCUGAUUGGUCAGGGCUGGGAGUGAACGCACCAAAAGGAAAGACUCCAGCCACCAUGUCUGUCCAGGAAGCAUCCCAGCGGCCCACGUCCCCUUCAGCCCUCAAACCUGGGGCCAAACCCAGACCGGAGAUCCCCCCGAAGCCUUCGACACAGCCCGGAUCCCCUCCUCUGGGAGACAGAGGCAGCAGUACCAGCCUCUCGGGAGGGAAGGUCAAGAGUAUCGUGGAAAAGUUUACCAGAGAGGAGUCGAAAGAGACAUCAAAUGAGCGGGUGGAGCGUCCCACCAAUGGUACGGCUAAAGUUAAACUAAGCAAGCGGUUCAAACGACCGCCCACAGUAAAGCCCAAACCGGGCCGGGCCAGUCUGCAGCUUCCGCUUGGAGGAGAGCAGGCGCCUCCACUGCCUCUGAAGAGGAGCCGAAUACCGCAUAAGCAGAAGGAGAGCGUUGGAGGAGAGGAGGUGGACAGCAUCAGCGUGGAAGGAGGGAGAUCAGCUCCUGAUGGAAAAGAGGUGGAGGUUCAGCCAAUAGGAGGAGAUGAAGCGGAGGUGGAGCGCAGUCCGGACACGCCUCUCAGUCUCUCCUGCGACCCGAGCUGUACCUGCGUAUGUCACGUCCAGUGGCCUGGCAUGAAACUAAUGUGGGUGCCUGUGGACGCUGCGGAGGACGGAGGGGGUGGAGAGGAGGAAGAGAUUUAUGAGGAGGAACUAAGGGAGGAGGACUGGGUGGAGGAGGAGUGGGAGGAGGGGGUGGAGGAGGAGUGGGAGGAGGAGAGGGGAGGGGAAGGGGACAGCGGGGCGGGGGAUGAGGUGGACAGGACUUCUGUGGUUGAUGAGAGUGAAAUGUUAAAAAAAGACAAAGCAAAGUUUCAUCAUUCUUUGGGUGUUUUGUUGGCGGAUGGUCACAGGAGACGCUCAGACCCGGGCCCUCACUCUGUCCUCACCUCCCUCGCUGUCACCCGCUCUCAGUCUCCACCUGUCCCCCCAAAACAGACGCAAUCCACCCACUUUAAACCCACACAUGAGGAGGAGGAGGAGAGUAUUUACGAGGCCACACUUCCUGUGAUUGACUCUGCUCCUAAAAAGACUCCACCUGUGUGUAAGGAGCUGGAUAUCCCUCUUAUUAAAGUACGCAAACCAGCCCGUUCCAAACUUUCCUACAGCACCUCAGACCCCACCUCAGAGUUUCAGAACAACAUAGAACCCGUGUCGAUCCCGCAGGACGUGCCGCCCGCCAUCCCUCCGAGGAUGCCUCUGACUCAGGAUAGCCGCAGCCUCACGCCGGUUCAUCGCGCUGGCAUUCCACUCCCCCAGCCCACGCUGGAGGAGUGGCGCAACCUGCGGCCGUCGUCCCCCAGCGGCUCGACCGGCAGUAGUCUGAGCCCCCAUAGAGCCUUAACUCCACCCCCACCCAGCCCUCACAGACCCCCACCUCCGCCGCCAAAGACGGACCCCAAGAGGCUGAGCAGUGCCUCGCUGCAGUCGCUCACACAGAGAAAAGAGGGAGGGGAGAAUGAAUGGAAUGCAGGAGAGAAAGAAGACACAGCGGAAGAAACUCGCCCAGAGAGGUCAGGCUCCCUCAGGAGGCAGACGUCGUUCAGCUGGGAGUCUCGUCUGCAGGAUGAGCCUCUCUACCAGACGUACCGCGCCACCGUCAUCACCAAGGAGAUCCGACGCCAGACCGUGUGCCGCAACAUCAGCAAAACCAGCGCCGACUACGCCACCGACUGGACGGCCCGUCGCUCCGGGACUGGAACCGGCGCCGGCACUGGGACUGGAACUGGUAACGGAGGACUCAUGAGCAGCCCCGUGCCCACGCCGGGCCAGAGCACCUUGUGGCAGGACCUCCAGGACGUUAGAGACAGCGGAGUCCUGGAGCAGCUCACCCCUGAGCAGUGCAAGUACCAGGAGAGUAUGUUUGAGGUUUUGACAUCGGAGGCCUCCUACCUCAGAUCCCUGCGAGUUCUGACCGAGCACUUCCUCGACAGCCGGGAGCUGGAGGACACGAUGAUCAUCAGAGACAGGAAAACUCUCUUCUCCAACAUCCUGCGGGUCAGGGAGGUCAGCGAGAGAUUCCUGAAGGACCUCGAGGACCGUAUUUUCAAAGACUUCAUCUUCCCUGACAUCUGCGAUAUUAUCCACUAUCACGCCCAGCACAACUUCCCUGCUUACAUCGACUAUGUCCGCAACCAGAUCUACCAGGAAAAGACCUACACCUCGCUCAUGAAAAACAACGUGCAGUUCGCUACGGUCAUCGCACGUCUGCAGGAGUCGCCUCAAUGCCAGCGGCUGCCCUUCAUGUCCUUCUUACUGCUGCCGUUCCAGCGAAUAACACGCAUUAAGAUGCUCAUUGAAAACAUCCUGAAGAGAACAAAGGAGAGGACGAACGAGGAGCAGACAGCCUCAAAGGCUUUGGCUUCAGUGUCAAAGAUCAUUAAUGAGUGUAACACGCAGGUUGGAAAGAUGAGACAGAUGGAGGAGCUGAUCCACGUCUCUCAAACACUGGAGUUUGACAAGCUCAAGGCCGUCCCGAUCAUCUCCCAGACUCGUUAUUUGGAGAAAAAGGGAGAGCUGCAGGAAAUGUCCAAAGGAGGAACUCUUUUCAACAUGAGGGCAAAGUUCACGCCCAUCUACCUCUACCUCUUCAACGAUCUACUCAUCAUCACAGCCAAGAAAGGAGCAGAGCGGUUUGUUGUGCUCGACCACGCCCACCGCUCUCUGGUGCAGGUGCAGCCAGUAGAUGAAGGUGGGAGUGGCGGCAGCCCUCUUGAGCACUGCUUCAACCUGACGCUGCUGGAAAACCACCAGGGGCGCAUAAUGGAGAGGCUGAUCAAAGCUCCAUCUCAGUCAGACAUGCACAGGUGGAUGGCUGCGUUUCCAAACCCCACCAACCCCGACGGAGACGACGAUGAAGUGAUUUACGAGGACUGGGAUUGUCCGCAGGUGCAGUGUGUGGAGCCGUACAUCGCCCAGCAGGCAGACGAGCUCACCCUGGAGCCCACUGAGAUCAUCAACAUCAUCCGUAAAACGAACGAGGGCUGUUACGAAGGCAUCCGCCUGUCGGACGGUCAGAAGGGCUGGUUCCCCUCAGGAAACGUCAUAGAGAUCACCAACGAGCACGUGAGGCGGAGAAACCUGCGAGAGCGCUACAGGGUCAUGCAGGCGGCAAGCAUGGUCACCAUCAGCAAGGCCAACACCAGCAGUUAGGGUUUAGAUUUGUCAAAGAAGUGAGCUGUGUACGUAGAGUAUUCAGGGAAUUUUAAAGGUAUUGUUCUUACAAGCAGGAAGUGAAAGAAGACUGACUCUCAUGAGACAGCAUAACAGAUCUACAAUCAUCCCCCUAUCUAUUGUAUACUAAAGGAGCACUUACCGCAAGCUGCUGGGCGUGUGUGGUAGAUCAUUUACUGACACUUUAUGUGCAUGUGUGCAUUCAAAAACAAAGAUCAGCGUCCUGCAGCACUACAGCUGCAGAGUCGAGCUCUUCUUUAGAGCAUGCAGUCGUGCAUUAACGUCAAUCACUUUUUGAAAUGCUGAUCAUUUUAUCUGCUGCUCGGCAAAGAUUGUAGACAUUUCAGAUCUACAGCCAAGAAAAAGAUCUUGAUGUUCCCGCGCUGUACCUCCUCUUAUAUCAUAGUGGUCACGUGUGCACACACACACACACACCCGUUAAAAUCUUCUCGUCCCUGCCAUGAACAGGCUGUCGUGUGUCGUCAAGGAGACGAGAGCACAGGAUGCAACACGUUUGACGCUACAGUUGUAAAAACAAAACACACCCUGACUGAAAUAGAAGUGUUGAAUUGAACUCACAGCGAGACUAAUCUAAUCAGGAAGUGCCUUUGAAUCGACUCAAAACGCAGAACAAAUAUUUAAGACUUCCGGUACGAUCACAUAGAGCAGAGAGGAUUUUAAAAUGCAUGUCAAUGUGAGCUAGACUGUACUGCCAUUACAGUUUUGUGCUGUCCACUAGCUCGUUAGCUUGUGCCAUUGUAGUUUAAUACUGUAGCGCCCCCUGCUGCUUGUUGUCAUGAAAGCUGGGUAAUCUUAUGUGGAAAUGCUGUAACUGUAUAAAGUGUUGUAAAUAAUGAGUAGGGGAUUCUCUCCUUCAAAACAGUUGUGGUGCUUUUAAUAAAAAAAUGUCACUUUUU